AUGUCAGAAAGAUAAUUUGAUUUGAGUUGGUUUGUAUAUUCAACAAUUACUAAAGAGGUUACAGAAUAAGAUAGCAUCAUUGCUAAUAACAAUAGACAACAAAAUUAAACAGAAAUACUUAAAUUUUAAUCUUAAAUUUCUGUAAAUAUAGAAAUUGAUUAUUCAGUACAACCAAGUAAUUUAGAAAAAUAAUACUUAAUCAAAUUUUCUAUUAUAGAUAAUUCAACACUUAAAAGAAGUGAAAGUUAUUAAAAUGUUUAUUAUACUAAUCUACUUAAAUAAAUUAAUCAAAAUUUAGAUUUAAUGUCUAAGACUGUUAUUUCAAUAUAAGAUAGAUUUAUUAAGUAAAAUUAGAAUAAUUAUAUAAAUAUUUAGAAUUAAAGGGAAAGGCAUAUAAUAAUAGGUUGUUAUCCUAAUAAUAAUUCAGAAUGGAUCAAAUUAUUGUCCUUCUAAUGGAUUCAUAGAUUUUUUAUCAACUAUUUUUAAAUUUACAGUUAAAAGAACUAAUUUAUCAUUAUAUUUCUUUUAAAGGUACAGCAGGUAAUGGAAAUGUAUAAGUACAAUUAAAAUUCUGUUUGGCUCUUGAAGGUUUAUGUAUUUUUGAUUUAGUUGAUAAUUCAUUUAUUCAUACUGGUCAACCAUGAAAAAAUCUUAAUAUAAAUGGAAUUCAAAAUUUUAAAUUGUUCUAAACUUCUUUAAUUAAGGGUUUGUUGUAAAUGUUGGUGCUGA